CGUUGAGGGUGUCGUAGUCAUUGAUCGUGCAGUUUUACUAAGUCUCCUUCUAUCUUGGAUCUGUCUGAUAUACUGCGUAUGUCCUACGCAUAUAACACGUUGCGUGCUAGCUACAUGCAAUGCUACACAUAUGCAUGCAUGCAUCUGCAAGACGUGAACAUUUAAUUUGGUUUGCUACAUUUCUCCAGGUUUUGUUCGCACAACCGAUGGGACAGUUCUUGACUAAAUAUAUUAGGGGAGAAAGAAAGCAUCACUUUGCAGACUCUCUGAAAGGAUUCAAGUAUCAGUUCAAUGCAGAUGGUCAACUGCGACACACAGAAACCGGUGAUCAAUUUGAGUUUAUGAUUAAAGAUAAUGAUCAUCAGUACAACCAGAGGAGAUAUGAAGCACUUGGCAAAAUCAUCGACAAGUACAUCUACUUACAGCUGGAAGAGGAAACCCACUUGAAAAGAAUCAAAAUUCCGGUGGAUGCAGAACAAGAUGAGCCUGUAGGAUUUUUCUUUGCAAGUGAUGAUGCUGAAACGAAUACGGAUCGCUUGAUGGUUAUCAUACAUGGCAGUGGAGUUGUCAGAGCUGGGCAGUGGUCAAGAAGACUUAUCAUCAAUGAUCGAUUGGAGACUGGUUCACAGUUACCAUACAUCAAAAAGGCAAUUGAGAAAGGUUACUCAGUCAUUGUCACAAACACAAAUCUGAAUUAUCAAGAAGAUGACAGCACUAAACGUCUCAUUCGAGGCAGUGAGAGUCCCGAAGAACACAUGUUGUAUGUGUGGAGAAACUUUGUGAAGAAAUGUCCAGCAAGACAUGUUGAUGUGCUUGCUCACAGCUAUGGAGGAAUAGUGACAGUCCACUGGUUGAAUAUGGAGAAAGAUGCAAGGGACAGAGUUUGUAAAGUUGCAUUCACUGACUCUGUUCAUGGAAUGUACAAGCAAGGCGUAACACAAGAGACGGCAGAUUGGUUUAUCAAGAAUUCUAUUAACUGGGUUUCCACGUUCGCUCCUCUCAACACAUACCAAGGUCAACUUAAGAAUGAUGUCCACAAACUCUCUGCAGGUACUGAUGUACACGAACUGACCUCCCACUCAUGCUUUGAUACUAUCUUCAAAUACUUCUCGGCAGACGACACAACAUUUGAUUUCUUGAAUAGAGAAGCUAUAGAGUUGGAAAUGGAGAUAACUUUCUCAAACAGCAAGGCCAUUUACAGAGAGGGAGUAGAUGAGAUUGAUGAACUAAUGAAUGAACAAGAGGUAAAAGGCAAGCCACAAGAACAAAGAUUGGAAGCAGAUAAUGGUGGUUCAAGUAUGCAAGAGCACAAAGACACAAAUCAAGUUGGCUUAGAAGAGCAAGAAGAUGAAGCAGCAAGAACAAUCGAAAAUCAGCAAGAGAACGGGCAAUGUCCACACACAGAUGAUGUUUCCUCUUUCAGCUUUACAAGUUCAAACGGAGACAGAAGGAAACUGCGACGAACAGAAGCCGAAGCAAGAGGAAACCAGCCAAAGCAGCGGCAAGGAAUUAACAGUUCAAAGUCUACCAGAAGUGUCAGUGGAGGACAAAGGAGGAGAGCAUGCAGGAAAACUUCAAAAUAUGGAAAAUAAAGAAGAGACAAUGGACAAUGAACUAACUGAAACUGUGACUGUAUGAACUGUCGACAAUGCUGGACACCAUUUGAUAAUUGUCAAUAGUACACUGUUCCUUAUAUUGUAGAUGAAACUUGUAGGGUCUCUGUGACUACUGUUUUUGUGCUCUAAAUGUAACAACUCAAUCAUA